AUGAGAUCUUUUGUGAAUAGUCUCGCACGCGCAAAUGAGCAAUUUAUUCAGGAGAUCAAUAAAAGGAAGCAAAUACAGGCACAAAACCACAAGCGAUUCAUUAAUUUACAAAAAGUUGCUAGAUCUGCUUUGGUUUUUCAUCCUAAGAGAAACCCAUCUCAAACUUUAUCACAUAGCUCGUCUACUCCACUUAAAAGAUUGGAGCCAUUGAAACCAUUAAAAAACGAAAACGAAUCAGAGAAUGUUCAUAACAAUCCAUUCCCAUAUGAUAAUCGGCCAACAUUUAUGAACUACGCUUUGCCAAGGCAGCCAUGUGUUGGAGCAAAUCGAAUUUUUAAUUCAGUUGCUGCAAGGCGAUUUGUCAAUAGUGAGAUAGAAACGUUUAUUGACCAAGCAGAAAAUCCAAAUCCGUCACUAUCUCCUCUUUACGCCCCAAGUGUCGAUCCAGUUUUACAUAUUGGUGAUUUCAAUGAACUCGAAAUCAACUGGAAUGGUGAAUAG